GCGUUGUAAAAAAACGCGCGGAAGGCGUGUCUGGACUUUAGCCCCCGUUAUUAGAUGAAUAAAGGAAGGGACGCUGGGCUUCCGCCUAUUUUCAAUCAUUUACACGUCGUCAGUUUGCUCAAACUUGCUCCCUUCACUGAAGAUGGCAGAUUUACAGGUAAAAUUUGAUGCUGCAGCAGCUGAAGUAAAGCAGCUUAAAGCGAAACCAUCUGAUGAGGAGAUGCUGCAACUCUACUCCCUGUUUAAGCAGGCUACUGUGGGUGACGUUAACACAGCUCGUCCUGGAAUGCUUGACUUUACUGGAAAAGCUAAGUGGGAUGCCUGGGAAAAGCAGAAAGGCAAAAGCAAAGAGGAUUCGAUGAAUGAAUACAUCAAGCUGGUGGAACAGCUGAAGCAGAAGUAUGGAGUGUAAUAACUAGUCAGAACAACUACUUUACAAGGUUGGAUCUCAUCCAAUCAUUACUUCCAGUGAACCUGAAGGAUAUCCACUUACCAUGGCUGAAUCACCAUCAACCCACUGACUUGAAGUUCCUGUUAGAGUGCUAGUUUGAAACUGCCCUCAACUUGCCUUUUAGCAUCUUCAGGAUGUCUGCCGUCAUUUCAAAAUAAAAUAUUUCUAA